UCACGGGCUCGGAGACGAAAGAGGGCGUGUCCUGGCACCUCCUGGGCCCCCUGAUUGGCGGUAGGAGAAGAGCUAUGCUCCCUGGCCGGCCGGGAGGAGGGCGGCGCGUCUGGAGGCCCUAGCCGGGGUUGGUUAGAGACCGGUCCAGUGGCACGAUCAUGGCAGCAAGAACCGGUCCGGGGGCCUUGAAGAGAGUGGUCUCGGGCUACCGUCCGAAGUCGGCCGCUGCUCCUGGAGGCCCGACCCCGGCUCGAGGCCCCUCAAAGAGCGUCAGACAUCUGGCUUCCUGUGGUAUUUUGAUGACCAAAGUGCCUCCAUUACACACACCACUUGUGCCUAAGGAGAUCUCUGCAAGAACGUUCUUCAAAAUUGCUGCUCCAUUAAUAAAUAAAAGAAAAGAAUAUUCAGAGAGGAGAAUUAUAGGAUAUUCUAUGCAAGAAAUGUAUGAUGUAGUAUCUGGUAUGGAAGACUACAAGAAUUUUGUUCCUUGGUGCAAAAAAUCAGAUGUAAUAUCAAAGAGAUCUGGAUAUUGCAAAACACGGUUAGAAAUUGGAUUUCCACCUGUGUUGGAGCGAUAUACAUCCAUAGUAACCUUGGUGAAACCACAUUUGGUCAAGGCAUCCUGCACAGAUGGAAAACUUUUCAAUCACUUAGAAACAGUUUGGCGUUUCAGCCCUGGCCUUCCUGGAUAUCCAAGGACUUGUACAGUGGACUUUUCUAUUUCUUUUGAGUUUCGUUCACUUCUACACUCUCAGCUUGCCACACUAUUUUUCGAUGAAGUUGUGAAGCAGAUGGUAGCUGCCUUUGAAAGAAGAGCAUCCAAACUAUACGGUCCAGAAACUAGUAUACCUCGGGAACUGAUGCUACAUGAAGUCCAUCACACAUAAAGGAAAAAAAAACUGGUGCUGUCCGCUUAUAAUGAUCAUCUUAAUCUAGUCCACUUUGAAGUGUUUUCAUCACUGUGCUUUCAAAAGACAGGAAAUAGUUGUUAAAUAUAGCUUUGAGUGUAAAAAUUGAAAAUAUGCAACCAGAUGUACAUAGAUAUUUGCUUCAAUCAAGUGCAAUUCAAGGUAAUUUGUACAUUAGCGUGUUCUGUACUUACGAUAAUGAAAUGUAGUUAUUGUUAGAAUACUGAUAUCACUUUUCCCAGCACAAUUUCAAAUUUGUAAAUCAGAAAAAACUAUUGUAAUUACUGCUUCACCUACAAUAUUAGCUGUUAUUUCUGCGCUAUGUAAUAUAUUCAUGAUAUAUCAAGUUUAAGUUAUUAAAUCCAAAAUAUUUGUAACUUAUUGUUAUAGGGCCUACCUUGAUAGCCUGAGAUGUUUGAUAAUCAUCAGUGCAUCAUUAAGGUAAAAAUUUUAUGACCUAAAAAUAUUGCUCCCGAGGGUACACGGCAUUACUUUUGUGUAUUUCAUAGUGAUUUUAUCAGCCUGAUUUUUUUUGGUCAGUGGUCCAGAGCUUUAAGCUACUUUCCAAGUAGUUUGUACCCUUCCCUCCAGGCACCCACUUGGCUGCUCUUUCAGCACUGUUGAGUGCCGAAUUGAGUCAACUGCAGUUGAUGAGAUUCAGAUGAAUUGGUUGACAUCUGGCAGUUUUCAUCCCCAUGUUUCUAUUUAUAUAAAUGUGUGCAUUCACUUUCAAUAAUGUAUUUUAAACCAUAACUGAUAUUUUUUUAAACAAAUCAAUGUAAGCACUGAGGAAGUAACUUAAUAAAGUUAUAGCAAUUUGUUUA